CCCCCAGCGGUGAGUCACCGGGGCGGGGAGGCCGGGCCCGCAGCCGGCAGCGGCACAGCCCCAGCCCCAGCCCCAGCCCAGCCCAGCCCCAGCCGCGCCGCGCUCAUUGUUCCGCCCGCUCCCGGCGCCAUGGACGAGCUGGACCAGUCGCCCCUGGUCUCCUCCUCCUCCUCCGGGCCCCCGCGGCCGCAGCAGCCCCAGUUCAACUACCAGUUCGUGCUGGACGACGAGAAGGAGCAGGAGGAGGACGAGGAGGAGGAGGAGGAGGAGGACGAGGACUUCGACGAGCAGCUGGAGGUGAUGGAGAGGAAGCCGGCCCCGCCGCCCGCCGCAGCCCUGCCCGAGCGGCCGCCGCAGCAGCAGCAGCAGCCGGAGCCCGGCGGCCCCGCCGAGCCGCCCCGCCCCGCCGCCCCCGAGCCGCCGCAGCCCGGCUGGAGCCCCGCGGCCGCCGCCUCCUCCUCGUCGUCCGCCGCCAGCACGCCGUCCCCCGCCCGGGAGCAGCCCCCGGCGGAGCCCCCCGCGGCCCGCAAGCGAGGAGCCUCGGGCUCGGCCGACUACAAAUUCUUAAGACAGAGGCUUGUCACACAAGAUGAGACCCUUUUUGCUCUUCCUGCUACAUCUGCGCCUCUGAUGCACUCCUCUGCAGAAAAAGUUAUGGACUUGCAGGAGCAGCCAGGUAGCGCUAAGUCACUUGGUCAAGAGGAUUUUACUGCAGUCCCACUUGAUACUGCUGCUUCUCUUCCCUCCUUCUCUCCUCUCUCAGCUGAUCCCUUUAAAGAGCACACAGCCUUUGAUAAACUCUCAGAUGGAUUACCUGCAAGAGGCAUUUACAGAGAAAAUGCAAGUGAGAUUUGUAAAGAAACAAUGGAAAACAUAACAAAUCCAUUUCUUGCUGAGGGAAACAAAGACAUUUCUAAGAUGAAAUACUCAGAAAUGGAACCCCCAUUCGCUAAAGCAGAAGCAGCCAUUUUAUCUCAAGCUGAAGAAGAAAUGCAGCUAGAGGGCCCUAAAGAAUUAUGUAACCUGGAGAAAAUGCCUGCACAGCAGCUGAAAAUGUCUCCAGAAUCUCCUGAAGAUUUGUCUGAGAAAAUUGAGGAAGAUAUCUUCUAUAACAAAGACAAGUACAAAGGUGGUGAUUAUGGUGAAAAGGGAGCAUUGAAAAAAGACACUGUUCAGAGGGAGGAAUAUGUAGACUUCAAACCAUAUGAGCCAAUAUGGGAAUUAAAAGGUCCUAGUCAUGAACUGAGCAGCUUGAGAGAGGAUGUUGGAAGUAAGAUAGAUGGCACAGUGGAAAGCAGUUUAGAUAACAAAUACGGUGUAGAUAAGCUGGUGGUGCAGAAGGAUUAUGAAAGAGAGAGUGAAGGCAGUGCUGAAGAUCUCUCUUUCCCAAGUACCCCAGAAGCUGUAAAAGAGCCUCCUCAGACUUACAUCACUUGCACUAAAUUUGAAUCCUCUGUAACUCCUGAUGGUGACAAAGUCAAAUCUCUUUCUCCACUAGAGGAAGGCACUUCAGAAAAUAGAACCGAUGACGAGAAAAAAAUUGCAGAGAUGAAAGCUCAGAACACAGAACAAGGUGAUUUUAGUACUCGAGCAGUUGGCAAGCAGGAAGGCCAGGAAGCUGACUAUGCUGAAACAGAUAGCACUGCUGAUAGGCUAUCUGACAUUGCAGCGAGUAUGCCUGAAGGUCUUACUCCUGAUCUAGUACAAGAAGCAUAUGAAAGUGAAAUGCAUGAUGUGGCAUGUACCAAACUUGCUUAUGAAACAAAGAUUGAUUUAGUUCAAACCUCCGAGUCAGUACAAGAGACUCUGAAACCUGUGACGCAGCUCUGCCCCUCAUUCGAAGGGUCGGAAGCUGCUCCAUCACCAGUAUUGCCUGAUAUUGUCAUGGAAGCCCCGCUAAGCAGUGGGACUGCUGGUACAGAAACAUCUACUGUGCAGCUUGAGGCUUCCCCAUUAGAAACAUUUAUUCCUACUACUACUUAUGAGAAUGUAAAGCAAGAGGCAGAAAAACCUCCCUUAUACCAGGAAGCAGUGAAUGUACCAUCGACAAAGGCCCAAGAAGCAAAAGAGGAAUUGACACUUAAAGCUGAUCGUGAGAGUAGUGCCAGUCCUGAAGAUACAGAGACUCCAUAUAUAUCUAUUGCAUGUGACUUAAUUAAGGAAACAAAGGUCUCUGGUGAAUCUGCUUCUUCAUCUUUAACAGAUUAUUCAAAGAUGCCAGUAACAGAAUGCAUUUCUCAGGAUGUGCCUGAACACAAGGAGUUUGUUGAAAAACUGUCUUCACAGUUUGGAAAAUCUGACUUGUUUAAUAGCGAGGUGAUAUCUGACUUUCCUGAGAAAGAAAGUGAAGAGCAGUCUCUCAGCUUAAAAAGUAAAUCAACCGAGAGCAUUGUAACUGAUGAUGAACAUGAAGAACAACUUGUAGAUUCAGUAGCUGCCCCAGGCAAGCCUUAUCUGGAGUCUUUCCCAGCCGAACUGGACUCUUCCAAAAGUGUGGCCACGCAGCCAUCUGAGCCAACACCUACAAAAAUAGCUAAGGCAGAGAAGAUUCCCCUUCAAAUGGAAGAGCUGAAUGCUAUGACUUACUCAGCUGAUGUAUCUGUUGCUACAGAACCAAAAACAGGAGACAGCAAAGGUGUCUCAUCCACAGAGUCUUCCCCAAUCUCAGUAGCAGAAGACUUUGUGAUGGUAGCUGAUCCUAAAACUGUUCCCGAAUUUGUGGCAGAAGUUGCUGACAGAGAAAUAAUGCACAAAGAUGAAAGCGAAGAUAUCAGUAAUGAGAUCAAAGAUGAGAAGAGGCAGUUGCCUUGCCCAGAGCUACCCUGUGAUCUGUCUAUAAAGAAUGUAGAAGUUAAAGCUGAAGAAGAUGCUCGUGUCUUGAAAAAGUCCUUGGAGGCAGUGGACAGAGAAGUGCCUGAAGCAUCCAUGUUGUCCUUACCAGCCACAGAUACCUUACCUGUAUCCACUGAAAAAGAGAUAGUCAGUGUAGUAAAACCAGAAGCUUUUGAGAAGGAAGCUGAGAGAGAAGCUGCUUCAAUUAAAGAAAAGGAAAAGCCUACUGCUGUAUUUUCAGCAAAGCUGAGUAAAUCUUCAGGGCUGGACUCGCUGUCUUCAGGUUUCUCCUUCAGUUCUCCUGCUGGUGAUCUGUUGACGUAGAAAAAAGUCACUGCUCCCUGCAAGCUCUUCUGUGAUUGUCUGCAGGCUGGGCAUUAGAUGGCCUUCCAAAUUUGCUCUUACUACAUGAUAGUAAGCAGAAUCUGGUGUCUCAGUCUGCUCCAUGUGCACAAUUUGAAGGGUGUUUUUCUUUAUACAGAAUUCAGUUAAUCAUCAGACUUUGAAAUCUAGGACAAUAUCAUUUUUGCUGUGAUAUGUACAACUUGUGUUUGGAAUAUGGAAAAGGAACCAUACAGCUCCACUCAACAUGACUUGCAGCUUUUAUUAGAUCAAGGCCAGUGGUUUAAAAUAAACAGCACACAUGAGGGAGUUACUUGUUCAGGUUAGUAGGAAAGUGGCCAGUAAGAAGAUCAGUAUCCUGCAAACAUUAAAAUUGGUUUACAUACAGCAGAGAUGAUAACUUUCAUGUGGGACUUGCAUUUCAAUGUAGUUAAUAUUUCAGAGAAUUAAGAAAGGAUAAGACUGCUGUCAAUUUUCCCUUGCGUUCUACACUGAACGGAUUGUGUGGAUUGUGGAGCUCCAGCUUCUUGUAGACCAGAGGAGUACUUUGCUUUCUGGUGUCACAGUACUCUGCUGCUGCUUUACAGUCUAGCACCAGAAGCUUUGCCACUAAAACCUAUUACUGCAGAAAGCAGAAUUAUGUUUUUAUAAUAAAAUCAAAUGUUUGGGCAAAAAGCCUUAUUGCAAAAAUGUUAGUUAAGAGAUUAAAACCAACAAACAAAAAGAAACCCUGAAUGUUACAUGUAUAUAUUUUAGCUUUUUUGUUAGUUCUUUUAACAGGAAGUUUUUGGGUCUGACAAGGACACAGCUGUUGCUGUUCUGUCUGUAUGGAACUGCGCAUGAAAGGAGAGGAGGGAGUUGAAGACUGUCUGCGUUCUCCUGUCUAGUGGCACGAUGCUGUGACAGGGCACCCAUCUGUCCUGCUUCUAUGUUAGCUGAGGGGCAGGAGCUGGGUCAGGCAGGGGGCUGGGAACUGGGGAGCUGUCUGCAGUCUCUGUCGGUGGAGGUAUUCAACCUAUAAAACAGUUGUUCUUUUUGACAUGCUGUAUUGCUUGGGAAGAAAAAAUAAUUAUCUGUCUUCUUAUAGAGGAACAUUUUCUUAAAGUUAAAUAGAUGAGAAUAAGAAAUGAAAAUCAUCCUUUUUUUUUCUAGAUUUAUGUUUGCUUUUUAAAGUAUGUGCUGUUUUUUGCUCAUGUUUACUGUGUUAUGGAACAUGGAACUGGGCUUCUGGAACCUGCCUCCAGAUUCUGACCACAAGCCUUGAAUAAAAUUUAAUCUUAAUACCCAAUUACUUAAACACAAAGUAGCAAACAGAGUAACAAAGCAAAGAACACUUAGUUGCUUCCCACUCUCUCAGAAAGGAAGGGGGUCAUUCACAGGGCCAGGAGCCGAUCUGUGUGUGUGUGCUUCUGAGUCUCGCUGUACUGUGAUGUUCUCAAAUACCGCUCCUGUUUGUUGAAAGCUGACCUAAAUGCAAGCAUAUCUCUGUGCACCUGCAGCUCUAACUUCUGCCUGUCCCAGUGGACUGCAGGGAGCCAACAGCAACCCCAAAAUGACUGCAGAUUAUGUUUUUUAAUGAAAACCAUCACCCCAGUAAAGCACACAAAGCUUUUAACAGCCUGGCCGGUAGCACUGGGUUUGUUUAAUGCUGCCUGACAGAGCUGUGGGCUGCCUGUUGUGUUCUGUAA